AUGUAUCUGUACAACAUCACGUUGCAACGCGCAACAGGAAUUACUCAUGCAGUUCAUGGGAAUUUCUCGGGAACAAAGCAACAGGAAAUAGCAGUAGCCCGAGGAAAAAUAAUCGAGCUUCUUAGACCUGAUCCAAAUACGGGAAAGGUCUACACGUUAUUAACAUGUGAAGCUUUUGGGAUAGUUAGAUCUUUUAUGCCAUUUCGUCUAACAGGCAGUAAUAAAGACUAUUUGAUUGUGGGUUCUGAUUCCGGGCGAGUUGUUGUUUUGGAGUACAUUCCGUCCAAAAACGUUUUCGAAAAAGUUCAGCAGGAGACAUUUGGGAAAAGUGGCUGUAGAAGGAUAGUACCUGGACAAUAUCUAGCUGUAAAUCCUAAGGGACGUGCUUUCAUGAUUGGUGCUGUUGAGAAACAAAAACUUGUGUACAUCAUGAAUAGAGACUCUCAGGCGAGACUUACCAUAUCUUCUCCAUUAGAAGCACACAAGUCAAAUACCUUAGUCUACCAUAUGGUAGGUGUAGAUGUGGGAUUCGACAACCCAUUGUUUGCUUGCAUCGAGAUGGAUUAUGAAGAUGCUGACCAGGACUCUACUGGUGAAGCGGCUCGUGGGGCCAAUCAACUUCUGACUUAUUAUGAACUGGAUCUUGGCCUUAACCAUGUUGUCCGCAAAUAUUCCGAACCAUUGGAGGAGCAUGCGAAUUUCCUGAUUGCUGUCCCUGGUGGCAACGAAGGUCCUUCUGGUAUAUUGAUUUGCUCAGAGAACUACAUAACAUACAAAAAUUUUGGUGAUCAACCUGAUAUACGUUGUCCAAUACCUCAGCGACGAAAUGAUCUGGAUGAUCCUGAUAGAGGUAUUUUAUUUGUAUGUAGCGCCUCACAUAAAACGAAGAACUUAUUUUUCUUUUUAGCUCAAACAGAACAAGGAGAUAUCUUUAAAAUAAAUCUCGAAGUCGAUGAUGAUAUGGUGACGGAGAUUAAGCUCAAAUAUUUCGAUACUGUUCCAGUGGCUUCUGCUAUGUGUGUUUGA